CUUGAUAACGUACACUUGAUUUCGAAAGUAAACUCAGGUAGGUACAUACUAUCUGUUUCGUAUAUUUACUAAUUAUCUGGAGUGAGCAAUAGACCUAAAUGAUAAAACUGAUGACAUGAAUAAACAGUGAUUCAAACGAGUGCGUAAUAAGUUUCGAUGUUGUCGAUAGUAGUCUUGUCUAUCGUGGGAAAAAUAUACUAUAGAAACUCAUUCCGAAAAACUUUCAAUUUUCAAAGCACAUCAAAAAUAUUUUCUGGUCAAUUUGUCUGUGAUAGCACUAAGUAAAAAAUGUUUAAGUAUGACUUUACUACUGAUGAAUAUGUUGAAGUUGAUUUUGAUGAGUUUUCUGAAAGUGAUGAAGAAGUGGAAGAGGAAUUUUGUCCUACUGAUACAGUAAAAGCUUUGGAACCCUUGCUGGUUUUAAGAAAGCGAAGACAAAGAAGACAACUCAGAUCUAGCAUAACAAACUACUUCAAUCUCUCUCGCAUAGUAAGGAAAUCUGGACGGCUAAACACAUUUCUAACCCAAGUUCCCCAUAAGAACCUGUACUACAUACGAGAUUUGGGAAACACUAUAUUAACAUUACAAUGGAGGUGGAUCCUAACCACAUUGUGUUUAGUUAAUUUUGCUUGCUUUAUUUUGUUCAGCUGGCUGUGGAUGUUUCUGGCAAACAUCAGUGGCGAUUUUGAUCAAUCCUCAAAUAAUACUGAUAAGGCGUGUAUCGUUAAUGCUAGAACAUUUGCAGGAUAUCUGCUUCUAAGUAUUGAAACCAUGACAACUAUUGGAUAUGGAUACAGAUAUCCAACAGAACAUUGUACAGGAGGUUGGGUACUACUGAUGUUACAAGCAAUUUUCAAUACGUGCGUCCAAGGAGCACUAGUUAGUGCAGUUUAUGUUAAGACAUCGAAGCCCUUUACAAAAUCGUCAUCUAUUUUUAGUAAAAACGCUGUGGUCUGUCUUCGCGAUGGAAAACUCUGUUUCAUAUUCCGUAUCCACGAUUUCUCCAAAAAAAUCUGGUGUGGCACUAAUAUCUCUCUAUAUUAUGUGAACAAGGAGCAAAAUGAUUUAGAUGAAGAUUUUGAAAUGAGGGAAAUGACUACUCAACCGCAUGGCUUGUUGAUAUUCCCUGUUGAAAUUGAACAUGUUAUAGAUGAAGACAGUCCUUUAUGGAAGUUUAGACCUUUUGAAUUUUUACAUGCUAGGUUUGAGAUAGUGGCAGUAGCAGAAGGAAGUUCCACGAUAACAGGCCAAGUUUCCCAAAACCGAACAUCCUACUCGAACGCAGAUGUAAUGUGGGGCCAUAGAUUUCUUGCUUGUGUUGAUUACAAUGAAGCAAAGAACACAUAUAUAGUAGAUUACAAAAGAUUUAAACAGGUUGUACCUUUCGAUACACCUCUAUGUAGUGCUAGGAAGUUGGUUGAGAUGCAAACAAGAUUAACGACCUAUUUCGACAAAAACGCCCCAAAGCCUUUGAAAAAUGAUAAACAGUUACCAAGUAUAAAAGAAGAUGUCGAUGAACAUAUUGAAUAUGUUACGAAUGUUAAAACUAAAGAAGAAAGAAUACCAGAAGUGUUUCGAAAGCUAUUUCAUAUUGAAAGUGUACAUGAUUUUGGUAAAUAUAAAAUAUAAAGAAAACAAUUUUUGAAUAUAAAUGUAUUAUGUUACUAUGUUAGUUAAUAAAAGAUCACGAAUUUCUC